AUGCCCCGCGGGCGGCGCGGAAGCCGGGUGAGCUUUCUGGAGGGUGACCGCGAGGAUGGGGCGCCUCCGGCGGCGGCCGCCAGGCCCUCUGCGCAGUGGGCGUCCCGGCAGCUGCCGGAGGAGGCCGCCGGGCAGAUCCUGCUCCGGGGCAUCUUCGAGAUCGGAAGGGACAGCUGCGACGUGGUGCUGAGCGAGCGCGUCUUGAAGUGGCGGCCUAUCCAGCCCGUGCGCCCCGCGGGUGACUCCAAGCUUGAUUUGCUCUGUAAAGAAGAAUUUAUUGAACUUAAGGACAUAUUUUCUGUCAGGCUGAAACGUCGUUAUUUUGCUAAACCAGAAGGCAGUGGUACUUUAUUAGGUAUCACUCUAUUUUUUUGUUUGAAAAAGGAACAAAAUAAAUUAAAGGAUUCUACACUUGAUCUUAUUAACUUAAGUGAAGACUACUGUGAUAUAUGGUUUAGACAGUUCAAGAAAAUUUUGGCAGGUUUUUCAGAUAGACCAAAGUCAUUAAAGAUACUACUAAACCCCCAAAGCCACAAAAAAGAAGCUACCCAGGUCUAUUAUGGGAAGGUUGAGCCACUAUUGAAGAUUGCAGGAAUUAAGACUGAUGUAACAAUAACAGAAUAUGAAGGACAUGCACUGUCACUGCUAAAGGAAUGUGAACUCCAGGGAUUUGAUGGUGUCGUCUGUGUUGGUGGAGAUGGAUCUGCCAGUGAAGUAGCUCAUGCUUUGCUCCUUAGAGCCCAGAGGAACGCAGGGAUAGAAACAGACCACAUCCUGACUCCUGUCCGAGCGCAACUUCCCCUCGGCGUGAUACCAGCAGGCUCCACUAAUAUAUUGGCACAUUCACUUCAUGGAAUUCCUCAUGUGGUAACUGCAACUUUGCACAUUAUAAUGGGGCACGUGCAACCAGUCGAUGUCUGUACCUUCAGCACCACUGGCAAGCUUCUUCGAUUUGGGUUCUCAGCCAUGUUUGGCUUUGGUGGAAGAACCUUGGCCCUGGCAGAAAAGCAUCGAUGGAUGUCCCCUAACCAGCGGAGGGAUUUUGCUGUAAUUAAGGCUUUGGCAAAACUUAAGCCAGAAGACUGUGAAAUAUCAUUUUUACCUCUUAAUAGUUCUCAGGAUUUACAAGAAAGGGAGGCACAGGGAUCUCCCAAAUCUGACUGUAAUGGUCACUGGCGAGUGAUCCGGGGGCAGUUCUUGAAUGUCAGCAUUAUGGCAAUCCCUUGCCUGUGCUCGGUGGCACCUAGAGGCUUGGCACCUAAUACCAGAUUAAAUAAUGGAAGUAUGGCUCUUAUAGUUGCACGAAACACUUCUCGACCAGAGUUCAUAAAACACCUGAAAAGAUAUGCCAGUGUUAAAAAUCAGUUCAAUUUUCCAUUUGUUGAGACUUACACUGUUGAAGAAGUAAAGGUUCACCCAAGGAAUACUACCAGUGGGCACAAUCCAGGCGAAGAAGAUAGACCACAAGAAAUUGCUUCAGAGUUGAGUUUCCCUUGGAAUGUAGACGGUGAUUUAAUGGAAGUUGCAUCAGAGGUCCACGUUCGACUGCAUCCAAGACUUAUCAAUCUUUAUGGAGGAAGCAUGGAAGAAAUGAAUGAUUCCAAAGUAACAUGUAAUUGUUUAUAAGAUAAAUGUGUAGAUUAGAAUUUUAAUAUGAAAAAACACAGGCAUAGCUAUUGUAAUAGUUUAAAAUCACUAUUUUUGAUAUUAAAAAUUAGCUUCUAGGAUUUAAAAACAAAUUCUGGUUUAGGAAAGGUAUUUAAUCAUCAUCACAUAUCAAUAUUUAAUGUAGAGAAUUCCAAAGACAAAGCUUCUUUCAUUUUCCAGGAUUUGAAUUCAUCACUUGUAAUAUUAACAAACCAAGAGUUACUGACAAGGUACCUAAAUUUCAAAAUUAUACAGAUAUUUUGAAAAAAGAUAUGAUUUGCAAAAAAACCCAAUUUUUUGUGAAUAUUAAAGUUGAGCAUGGCUGAUUUUCUUAACAAUUUUAAAAACCUACCAUUUUAAAUACAGGUAGUGUUACAGUUCAUAUCUAACUGGGAAAAAAUCUCGCCCAGUAGAGAACUAUGUUAUCUGGCAAUUUCUGAAAUGGAAAAGAAACACAUUUAAAUUUCUUCAGGGAUCAUACCUGACAAGGAUGUUCUGGACUGGUUUUGGUUUCCACCAAUAGUGCAAUACAUUCUCCUGAGAGACAUAUAUUUUAAUGGAUGCUUUUUAAGGAAAAGUUUUCGAUUUUUUGUCUGUGGAGACACUGAGUUUAAGAGCCUUCAAACUCACUGUGAUUGGUUUUUGCCACUCAAGCUCUCAAACACCUUCACAAAUCGAGCACUUGUCACUCCAGCCACCAAAUACAUCAACUUUCAGGAGUUAGGGAAAAGCCUCCACCAACAGCGGUCUGCCUAACAGUCAGACUCCCCACUGGUCACCAUAUAAGAGGCAGAUUUUCAAAAUUAUAAAGACAAGAAUAUAGGACAAUUCUGAUGAAAUAAAUAUUACCAUAAAAGAAUAAAUGCCUUUUGUACUUGCAAAUUAAAGAUGAGACUACUUCAUUAAUGAACAAAAGAACUUAAAAAUGCAUAGCAGGUGUAAAUCUGUACUUUUACAGUGAAUUUUGCUUCUCCAUUUCCAUGAAGAGAACUCUUAUGUGUAUUUGCUUGUAAAUAUUUUAUAGAUUCUAAUUUACAUGAGAUUCUGGUCUUUGCAAUUUUGCUUUUUAAAAAUUGCUAGUGAGGUACAGUUAUGUUUUAUACAUAAAGCCAGUAUAUUUAUAUUUCAAAUAUCAGCUAAAGUGCAAUAUUUACAAUGUUUUCAGAGGUUUUUUUGGUGUGAAUUUACUCCUAGUUAUCCUUAAUAAAAAGUGUAUCAAAGGAGAACUUGCACCUAAAUGAACAUAUAUUCUUAAAAAAACUUCUGUAUUAUACAUAAAUAAUCUCAUUAAGCUCAAACCACUGUAUAAAUUUGGUCUAAUUUUUUCUCGCUAACAGCCAUGAUUUGUAAAAUACUAA